AUGUUUCUCAAACAGGCUUCCUCAUCAUCAAGAAGAUUUCUUCCUCUUCUCCAAAAAACAUCAUCAUCGACCUCUUCAUCAUCAUUAUGCGGUACUGGAAUGAUGGGUCAAAUUCAAAAGGCAAACUUUUCCACACAAUUGAGAGGAUGCCUUGGAAAUAAAGGCCCAACCGUUAUUGAUACUUCUGGUGUGAUGGAUAUUCCGGAUAGAAAAUCACCAUCAGACAUUCUUCGUGGCCUUCAAGAAAAAGUUGAUGCAGUGAAGAAGGAAGCAAAAUUAGGAGGUGGAUUGGAGAGAAUUGAAAAGCAACAUCAAAAAGGAAAGCUCACAGCAAGAGAACGUAUUGAUCUUCUUUUGGAUGAGGGCUCGUUCAGAGAAUAUGAUGCUUUUGUUAGACAUAGAUGUACUGAUUUCGGAAUGGAAAAGGACAGACCUGCAGGUGAUGGUGUUGUUACUGGUCAUGGUACCAUCAAUGGAAGAUUAGUGUUUGUUUUCUCCCAAGACUUUACAGUAUUCGGUGGUUCUCUUUCUGAAACACACGCCCAAAAGAUUUGUAAGAUCAUGGACAAGGCUAUGGAAGUGGGUGCUCCAGUAAUUGGUAUCAACGACAGCGGUGGUGCCAGAAUUCAAGAAGGAGUUGCCAGUUUGGCUGGUUAUGCUGAAGUUUUCCAACGUAAUGUGAAUGCCAGUGGUGUCAUUCCGCAAAUUUCAUUGAUUUGUGGACCUUGUGCUGGUGGUGCUGUUUACAGUCCUGCAAUGACAGACUUUAUUUUCAUGGUUCGUAACACCAGUUACAUGUUUGUUACUGGUCCCGAUGUCGUUCACUCAGUUACUCGUGAAACUGUGACCAGUGAACAAUUGGGAGGUGCCACUACUCACACUCAAGUAAGCGGUGUUUCUCAUCGUGCAUUUGACAAUGACAUUGAAUUACUUAGAUUUACCAGAGAAUUUAUUAAUUUAUUGCCUUCUAGUAAUAGAGAAAACACACAAAGCAGACUCUUAGCUCCAACAGAUCCAAUUGAUCGUAAGGACUACAGUUUAGAUCAUGCAAUUCCAGCUGAUACCAACGCACCAUACAAUAUGCUCACAGGUGUCAUCAAACCAAUUGUUGAUGAUCAUGAAUUCUUUGAAAUUAUGCCAGAUUAUGCCAAGAAUAUUAUUACUGGUUUUGCUCGUAUGAAUGGUGAGACUGUUGCUAUUAUUGCUAAUCAACCAUGUGAAUUGGCUGGUGUUUUGGACAUUAACUCAUCAGUGAAGGCUGCUCGUUUUGUUAGAUUUGCUAAUGCAUUCAAUAUUCCAAUUCUUACAUUUGUUGACGUUCCUGGUUUCUUACCUGGUACAGCUCAAGAAUAUGGUGGUAUUAUUCGUCACGGUGCCAAGCUUUUGUUCGCCUAUGCUGAAGCUACAGUUCCAAAGAUUACUGUCAUUACCAGAAAGGCAUACGGUGGUGCUUACGAUGUGAUGAGCUCAAAACAUUUGAGAGGUGACUACAAUUAUGCUUGGGCUACAGCCAAUAUUGCUGUCAUGGGUCCAGAAGGAGCUGUUAAAAUUAUUAAGGGCAUUGAAGGUUCAAGCCAAAAGGAACGUGAAGAUUAUUAUCGCUCCAAGUUUGCCACUCCACUUCUUGCUGCUGAACGUGGAUUCUUGGAUGAUGUGAUCAAGCCACACGAAACCAGACAAAGAAUUAUUGAAGAUUUAGAAGUUUUGAGGACAAAGAAGAAGGAAAAUCCACAAAAGAAAUUGGCCAAUAUUCCUUUGUAA